UGAAUCGGAAAACUCUGGCUUUAUCGCCGGCGAGGCGCAUGUAGAACUGUCAAAAUUGAAAUUUUGUAGGUGGAAUUUUAAGUAAAAUGGAAGACAGCUGUGUCCAUCACGUAGAAUUUUGUGUCAGGGAUGGGGAAACUUUACAAAGAACAUUUUUACAACAGUACAAAUUUUCUCUAGCUGCCACUCGUGUGACAAAACUUUUAAAACAGUGGGUUUUAAAAUCAGGAACAGCAACUUGUUUGAUUACGCAACAAAUUUCGUCAGAAAAUAACCAAUCUCAAGAUCAGUAUUUCGUGGAAUCGGAAAAGAAUUUUGAUUGCAAAGAAAGGCAACAGACGAGAAAACUCGAUACAGUAUUUAAUGUUGCUUUAAAAGUUAAAAAUGUAGCCAGUUCUGUUGAAAGACUCUCAAGGUCAGGAGUGAAAGUGUUGCGUCCAGUUGAGAAAUACAGUGACAAGUUUGGUGAAAUCAGUAUAGCAGUGGUAAAAAGUUGUAUAGGAAAUGUAGUACACACUUUAAUUCAAGAUGACGAAUAUAGUGGUAUAUUCUUGCCAGGAUUUAAUCCAGUAGAUAGUGUACAUAACAAUGUUUCUAGUGAGGAAACCCUAGCCCCGACCCUAGUGACACAUUUUGAUCAUGUGACCUUUGCUUGUAAUUGUGGUGAUACAAAUCAUAUUCUAGAAUGGUAUUCAAAAUGCUUUGGAAUGAGAAGGUUUAUGAUUAACAGUGAUGAGGACAGUGAAAAUGGGUUUGUUAUAGACACUGAAGACAUAGGUGUAAGGUUAAAGGCUUUUGAGUAUUGGAAAUGUGCAGAGACAGGCUUGUCGCUAGGUAGUCAUCCGGAAAGUAUUAAAUUUGUGAUAGCAGAAGCUUUGCCAAACCAAGGUCCCAAUCAAGUUGACACAUUUUUACAUGACCAUGAUGGUGCUGGGAUACAGCAUGUAGGACUACAUACAGAAGAUAUAGUCAAGACAGUAUCUUGUCUCAGUGAGAACGGGGUCCAGUUUGCUGAACCCCCCUAUACAUAUUAUACAGAGGUAGGGAAAUAUGAAGAGAUCUGUGAUAUAGGUCAGGACGUUGACAUUUUACGUAAGAACGGAAUACUUGUUGACGCUGAAGCUGAUCCAGGGGAGACAACUGAUGGUUCACAAAGUCCAAAUUUAAGAUAUUUAAUGCAGAAAUUUACCAAGCCUCUUUUUGAUCGCAACACAUUCUUCCUAGAAAUUAUCCAGCGUGUAGGAGCUCGAGGCUUCGGCUCGGGGAACAUCACCGCAUUGUGGCGAUCGGUACAAGCUUAUUUAAACAACCAAGAAAAGUCUGACGCUAGCUGAUAGCUAUAUGUUAUUCUAGCUUCAUUAAUGAACAUUUGCUUUAUUAUAACACUUUAUGAGGGCUCUAUGCAAAACUAUUUAAAAUAGUUUUGAUGUUCUGCGUUACCUUAUGGGAACAUUUCUCUCAGCUCAAUACAGUUUUAGAGAACAUAUGUCAGUAAAGUAUACAACAUAAAUUGAAUGAUAUUUUAUCAUAUCUAGUUUGAAACUUGAAUAUUUACAUGACAUCAGUCAUCAAAACCACUGCCAUCUUUUUUGAAAAAAAUGUGGACUUUUAUAUACAUUGUACCUGUUUGAGCUUGUAUAAAACUAUACACAGUUAAAAAUACACAUGACUUUAGAUACAUCAGUCACACACAAAACUACUGCCAUCUAUUAAAAUGGUGUAAUUUGAUAUACCUCAUGUGUUAGAGUAUGUAUGAAAGUCAAACACUGAUUUUGUGUAACAUACAUUUCCAUGUUGACACUAUACACUGCUCAUCAUUCAUACCUUU